AAUCCUUUUUGUAAAUUUUCACGUGGGAUCACGGGCCAGCAACUCUGCUAGGAGAUUUCACUAAUACGAAGACGGAAGUUGUUAAGCGGAUUUUACAUACAGGGGGAACUUCCAUUCGUAUUGUUCCGAAAUGGCGGAAGGAGGUAUCGGGUGUACAGAGUUAGAAUCUGAAAGCAAUCUCAGACACAAUCAUCAGUCUCAGAAUUACUUCGAAAGUGUGUCCGUGGAGAUCUCCAGUAUAAUGACUCGGCUGGGAUACGGCGAGCAGAUAAGACGGUGGCGGGUUGAGAAGUUCAAAAAGCGUGCUAGCUUGAUUAAUGCAGGAUUAAGUGAUGUAACUGUGAUCACAGCUGGCAGCAAGGCAGAGGGGCUAACCUGCGUUUAUGAGAGCGACCGUGAUGAUUUACUCGUUUUGGAAGGUAUACUCUGUGUGGAAGCUGGUAUAAGUCUUCAGACCAUUCCUGACGGCAUAGGAGUGUACAGGAUGGAUACACAUGCAUAUUCAGGACACUGUAGACUGUUGUUAGAGAGACAAACGCGUAAACAUUUUGAAACAAUCUACAAUGCUUUGUUUGAUAAUGGACAAGGGGACAUUCUAUUAAGUAGUAGUUUGUUUCUUGAUGAACUGUCGGCAUAUAUUCCUACAGAUUCAUCAGUGGUGAACCAUGAACGAGCGGGGCCGUCGCUACCGCGUUCAAUAGGAGGUGAGCCUCACACUGUCAUGGUAUGCGCACUACGGUGUCAUUGCCCCAGCAUCUUACAGAGAUGGGCUUCCAGACCCCGUCAUUGGCCGUCACCGGUCUUAGUUCAGAAAGUCGUAUCGUUAGGAGCUAAUGUAACAGCGGUGGGUUUUAAGGAAAGUGAAUACAAGCACAUGGAAUGGAGGAUUGGUUUUAACACCGGAGAGUCAGAACUAAUGAACAACCUUAAUGACACACAAGCGAAAGUGUACGUUAUGCUCAAAAUGAUCGUCAAAGAUGUGUUAAGGCCUUCUCAGAAAGAAAUAACAUCAUACGUGAUGAAAAAUAUAGUAUUAUGGCAAGCUGAGCGUAACCCACAAAAUAAGUUCUAUGCUCAGAGUUUUCUUCACUGGCUGCAUGACGGACUGAGAGCACUUAGGACUGCUAUUGUCACACAACAACUGUCAUAUUACAUGAUUCCAGAAAGGAAUUUAAUGGCAGCCAGUGGUUUGACGUACAGGCAGCAAAGUCAUUGGGUAGAAGUUAUCACGGACAUGAUGGCAGAAGGUCCGAGGGUAAUUCUCGGAUUGCCAAAGAUACGGAGGGCUAUUGUCGCGUCCCCAGAGCCGAUGUUGUGGUACAGCAUGAAAAGGAUGGAGCUGGAGAUGCUAGAGCUGGAGAAUAUGAUACUAAAUGUGUCUUGUCUUGAGAACGGAGUGUUGGAUGCUAUCCGACAAGAGAUACUGAGACGUGAGAUGGAGAUACUGAUGGGGAUUCAACUAUGGAUGAGCGAAGAAGGCUGUACUGUAAAUGCUCUGACGGAUAUUCGCAAUAGAAUGUUAAAGUAAUAAUGAAUUGAAGUACCUUAAAAGGAUGGAACUGAGAUGGUAAGAUACGUGCAACGUAUGAAUGAAAAGAUAGUGGUGUUUUGUCUCGGAUAUCAUCCUGCAGGAGAUACAAGGACAAAUGAGUGGAAUAGUGAGAUGGAUCUUCCGCCGAGUGUUUAUGAAAGGCAGCGUUGUUAAUAAUAUGUAUCCGCCUUGAACUUCAUAAGUGAUGGCGCUUGUUUUUCGGCCGUGCUUGAAAAUAAAAUAGUGACGUGUAGUAAGGAACUAGUUCGUCUAAAUAAUGCAGUAGUUAAUGUAAACGAUCAGGCGUAGCAAGUAAUUAAUACGAAAUAUGCACAAUCAGUCUUCCUUAAAGAGAGUAUAUAAUAUCUCUUUUUAAACAUAACACGUUGUUGGAUCCUUAUCAACCAUCGCGAUUUUGGGGACGUCAGCACAUAACGGUAGAUGUCUGACGCCUCUCAAUUACCAGUUUCGCAAUUGACAUUCCGCGAUAUAUCCAAGAGGCCAGAUGACGGUUAUGACCGAGAUUUAAAGACUUGAGAAGUCGGGAACCGCGCUCAAGAGUAUAAAUCUUGUAUCCGGCAAAGCUGUUUUAAGAUUAGAACGGUGUUCAUGUUACUGGAUUGUGGACGAUAUAUAGAGUCGAACAGGCUAGCCUGGCUGGACCAGCGAUAUUGAGGCGAACAAGCUAGUCAGUCUGAUAUAUAGAGGCGAACAGGAUAGCCUGGCUGGACCAGGUACCGUUCAUGGAACGCCAACAUUUACAUCUGCACGGAGCUGAGAGUCAUAUUUUGAUAACCAAUCAAUAAACUACACACGAACCGCCGUGAACCAGUGGGUAGAAGUUUGCAACAUUACUAUAUCGAUGUGCGCACAAAAUGCUACACACACAAGUGAACAAGUCUGCAGCCAAGACGACACUGAGAAAUAUUCAAUGUCAGUUUUGACAGAGACGUAGUCAAGCGACAAGCACCCAUCGUUUCUAGCACAAAUGUCGCUGCUUAAAUACCGAAUAAAACCUAGCCAAAGUGAAACAAUUUCAAAACUGUCGGUCAGUGUCGUAAUACGGGAUGAAACCGCUGUCAUGUCCAUCAAUAUUUAAAUUAUAUUGGGAAUUGUAAUACAUAUACAUUUUACAUCUAUAUGGGAGGUGUUCAAUCGUUUGGAAAAUAUUGUCGAAGUGUGCUGCACAAAAGUACUAGGCUUGUGUUAUGUGGACAAACUGCCCAACAUAAUGACAAACCGAUCGACUGAAAGACCCUAAUAUACCACCCCUGCUAUGAUGUCAUUUAUGCUGAGAACUGUAUGAAAUUGACCGUGAAAAAAUGAGCAUAAUAGCAAAUAUCCUUUAUAAAUAUAUUUUAUGUUUAUUGAUAGGUAUUCUAUUACUGUUAUAAAAUUAUAAUAAUUGUAAUACUCGUUACCAGGUAUAUUCACACUCCAACCAAAAAAUUUUUGUUGCUAGUAUUUCCUUAAGAAACUAUUAUUUCUGAUAAUGCAGCCUAUGUCUGGUGCAUUUUGCUUCAUCUUCCUGUCAGAUACAUAAUUCUCAAUAUCAAAGAACAUGUUUCACUGCCAGAUACAUUUUUAAUGAGUUGACAGUUUUAUCCGGUUCCAUCUAAUUGACUUCCUAAAUGUAUAAACAUGAAACAAGAGGACAAGCUAUGCACAGAUUUACCAAUAAACUUUGUGUAUUGAUCGAUUAAUCUAUGUUUCAUUUUGAACAUUCGCAAGUGUGAGCCAACAUUGUUUCUAGAUUCAAAUCGAUUUAUUUCUGUAAUGUUCGUACACUUUAAGUGCCAUUAAACACGUGUUAGAUUUUAAUUCCUAACAGAUAACUACAGAUUGAGCAUAUGAACGGUUGUCUUAUUUUUUAAUAUAGUAAUUUCCCUAAACGUGUUCUUAAUUUUCCUUUUUCUGUAGGCAUUGGAUUCCACCAACAACACCAAUUCCGUUUAGUGCGAAAAAAUCCCAACCAACUAAAGCUCUAAAAUUUUGUUUGCUGAGUUUUCGAUAAAGUAUAACAGUUGAAGAGGGCAUAAUUGCUUGAUUCAAUAUUUUAAAAGAAGACUUUUGUAGGCCUACCUUUAUUUGCAUAUAAUCUUCAAAAUCAUGAUUCAUGACAUUAUGUUACUUUUAAGACAUAAAUGAAUUUAGUUAUUGAAUAUCAUAAUUCUUUGCAAGCAAUGCCAGUUAAGUGUAUUAUAUGGAUCAAAUAAACUAAAGCUUUCAUUAAAAUGUGUCUAAACGCCUUAAUUAAUACAAACUCAAUACAUAAGCGAAAGUUUCUUGAGAAUAGACUUCCUUUACACAAGAAAUACCAUACAAGGGGAAAGUGUCGUCCUUGACUUCCUUUACACAAGAAAUACCAUACAAGGGGAAAGUGUCGUCCUUGACUUCCUUUACACAAGAAAUACCAUAAAAGGGGAAAGUGUCGUCCUUGACUUCCUUUACACAAGAAAUACCAUACCAGGGAAAAGUGUCGUCCUUGACUUCCUUUACACAAGAAAUACCAUACAAGGGGAAAGUGUCGUCCUUGACUUCCUUUACACAAGAAAUACCAUACAAGGGGAAAGUGUCGUCCUUGACUUCCUUUACACAAGAAAUACCAUACAAGGGGAAAGUGUCGUCCUUGACUUCCUUUACACAAGAAAUACCAUACAAGGGGAAAGUGUCGUCCUUGGUUAGCAUGCGCGGACUGAACUGGCUAUUCUGGGAGGAAACUUUCAGCACAUGCAUUUAACCCAGUUUCCACAAAACGCGAGUCAUAUACAAGAAAGACAACUAUCAAUACUUAUUUUUAAAAACCAUAUUAUCCAGUGGAAUUCAAUAUGCAUAAAUUACACAUAAACACGCUGUUCUCUACAUGAAAUAUAAUUUAUUAUGUGGCUGGUUUUAUAUACAGGUGUAGAGAAUUUGAAUUAUGCGAAGAAAUAUAUAAUUAAGAUGUUCUUACGUGAUUUUAGACGUCGACGUAUGAAUUGGUCUGCACGUUUAUUUUUAGGAAAAUAAAUUAAUUAUAUCAUAUAUGUAUUCUUCUCGACGAAAAAUCUAUAUCUAUUACCUUUAUUGAUACGAAAGCUGUACCAACAGGCGGAAAUAUUACGUCAUGAUAGCAUUGUGUGUUUUAUGUGCCACAAACACAUCAUUAGUACAACAGAGCCGCGUGUGUCUGACUUGUGAUGCAGAAAAAAUUGAUUUGAAUUCGAUGAUUUAUCAAUUAUAAAAUACUAGAAAUAAUAUCCAAAUAGUGUGUUGCAUCAGAAAAAUAUGUUUUUAUUAAAUGAUUUAUCAAUAAUAAUAGUAAUAAUAGAAAAAUAGUAUUUUAUGCAAAGCCGGUUUUUCAUACGUAAACGAUUCGAUUCAUUUUAUGUCACUUGAAUAACUUACUGUUCUACAAAUUAGUUUAAAGAUGAUCGUUUGUAGUUUUUAUUGUAAGUUUACCUAGGCUUUUAAUUACAGUGUUUUAUAACGUAGACAUUUGUGUUAGGUGUUUGAUUCGUGUUCGAGACAUUUGUUUAAGAAUUGUAAAGUUGUUGUUGUAAGUGGUGACAAUUUCAGUCUUAGGUAUUGUUUUUGAUUUUAUUAAUUGAGUAUUGCACGCAUUGCGAUAAAUGAAGUUUUAUUUUUAGAGUUGGUAUAAACAUU